AUGGAAGAGAAAGAAAAAAAAGAGAAAAUUGCGACAAAACCACACCCUGACGAGACGGCAAGUAGAAUUCGCGUGAAAAAGUGUUUAUACGAACAACUGACAAAAUUGAGCAAAAAGAUGGGGAAAAAGAUGACAACUAACGAAAUAGUCGAGUUGCUUUAUAAGGAUUUUGUUGACAACAAUAAGAACAUAAAACAAGGGACAUCCCUUGCAACGACACCGCCUCCACAGCGGGUCGUUGGAAAGGAGUUCUUCCUUUCAGGGCCUUACUACGAGUUAUUAUUUGAAGGGUUGUAUUACUCUGUUUUUUUCGACUUAUUUAUGCUUUUAUUCCACCAUUUUUCUUUUUGA